AUGCCCAAACGAAACAAGCAUGCAGGCAGCAAAUUUGUCCAAUCGAAGCAAGCAUGCAAACAAUAUACUUGUCCAAUCGAAGCAAGCAUGCAGACAAUAUAUGCCCAAUUGAAGCAGGCUUACAGGAAGCAUGUGCCCAAUCGAAGCAGGCUUGCAGGCAGUAAACUUGUCCAAAUCGAAACAGGCUUGCAGGCAGCUAUUUUGUCCAAAUCGAAAGGCUUGCCCUGCAUGGGGCACUUGUGGCAACAAAAUUUGAUAUUCAAAGCAAACAUGCAGGCAACAUACUUGGUGAAUCGAAAGGUUUUCCUUGCAGGGGGCACUUGUGGCCAGCAAACUUUGAGCAAUCGAAGGAGGUGCAAAGUCCAAUCGAAGAGGCUGAAUCGAAGGAGGUGCAAAGUCCAAUCGAAGGGGGCUGAAUCGAAUGAGGCCUAUUUUUUCCUCCAAAUUUGUCAAAAUAUUAUUUUUAUCUGUUUUCCUCCCUUUUUGACAGUUUUCUUUUAA